CUAAGGCACCUUGGUUUCGAGCUCGCUGUGAAAAUGACGAAGGGAACAUCGUCAUUUGGUAAGAGGCGGAACAAGACACACACUCUUUGCCGGCGGUGUGGAGCUAAAGCAUUUCACCUGCAGAAAUCCACCUGUGGUAAAUGUGCCUACCCUGCCAAGAGAAAGAGAAAGUAUAACUGGAGUGCAAAAGCCAAAAGGAGAAACACAACAGGCACAGGUCGCAUGAGGCACCUGAAGGUGGUGUUUCGGAGGUUCAGAAAUGGAUUCCGUGAAGGCACUACCCCAAAGCCCAGACGUGCUGCAAUGGCUUCUUCCAGCACUGCAUAAACUGUUGGUGUACCAAUGUAACAAAUAAAGCUAUCAUUUGGAAAGUU